AUGGCCACAAUGAGCAAGGAUACCGAGUCCGCCGAGAACAAAGAGUCGCAAAAGGACGACUUUCCGGAGGCUUUUCCGGAUUUCGAUGAGAACAACAUAACUCAAAUCGCCCCGCAGACGACGACGGAGGGAAAUCGUGUCCAGAGAGACGCGACGGAGUCAGAUUAUCGACCGCCGACUGAAGCACAAAUUCAAGCGGCGAUUCAGCGCGCGAACCUCGCAUUCAGCAAUCCGCUUACCAACGUACCGAGACGUGGACCUCCCGGCGCCGGCCGUGCACGUAAUCGUUCUACGGAGGUUUCGUUCUCUCUUCCGACUCCAAACCCUGGAAUCCGAUCACAGCAGUCGCCGCGUCUUCCUCAGGCACCCACAACCAGCUCUCCUCCGCCAGUUGCGUCAGGUUCAACUCGUGGUCGAGGCAUUUCGGUCCCUGGUAGAGCGGGCUACAUCCCCACACUACCUGCUGCCAACCGCACUGCGCAGCUGAUACGCCCUCGUGCUACGAAUUUCAGCCGCCCCAUUGUCGUCGGUGGCUUCGACAACCCCUAUCAAGAACACCUGCAGAGACUCGCGCGUCGCGAAGCCGACGACAAACGUGCUCUUGAAGCAUACAGCAAAUCUCCGACCAGUGUUGCCCAGCAGCCUCGACCUCUUCCAGAGCUACCCCCUGCGACCACCAUCCCGCCGCCCGUUUUCGCACAUGCUGAAGCCCCUCCCCCCGCUCAGCCCGCUAACCCACCACAUCCUCUGAGGUCAAAUCCGGUCGCUUCGAGUCCCCAAGAGCCUUCCACCACUCUCCCAAGACGCCGUCAGCGGUCUUCGUCGAUAUCAAUCCACGUUAACGAUACCCCCGCCAUCUUUUGUGGAACGUUUGGUAAUCGACCCGUCCCCGAGACUAUCCCCGAGGAGACUUCCAACGAAGAAGACGACUUCGAUUAUUCAGAGGAGCCUGUGGUGCACACUGCCCAAGUUGGCCGCGUUGUUCGACGUCCCGACGAUCUCACCAACGAAGACGACUCAUCCAACUUACGGCUUCGUGGCGGAACCCUAGACAUCGAAGACUUCGACGAGGGAUUCGAUCCGGACUACUACGAGUCCGACGAGUGCGAAGACGACUUGGUCGAGUUGACGGAAGAGUUCAACCCGAACAUAUCAGAGGAUUUCGACCCAUACGAAGCUGAGGCAAAUUCCCAGGUCCACGCACAGAUUCUGGACAACAAGAUGGCCAGCCACAUUCCCCGUCCGGGCCCUGCCCAGCUCUCGCCCAACGCCGGAUUGGACGAGUGGUUAGAGGAGGCUAAACAGUGCCACUAUUUACCCGAGCGCGCGAUGAAGGAACUCUGCGAGCUGGUAAAGGAGGUUCUGAUGGAGGAAUCAAACAUUCAGCCUGUCUGCACUCCCGUAACAAUUUGCGGCGAUAUUCACGGCCAGUUCUACGACCUUUUGGAGCUGUUCCGCGUUGCAGGUGGCAUGCCUGGCGAAUCUCGAGUUGAGGCUCCCAAGACAGCCACCACGGUCAUCAGCCCCGAGGAUAUCGAGCCGCCUACUGAGAUCACGAAUCCCAAGCUGAAGAAGAAGCUCAAGAACGCUGGCAGUCCUACUCCCGACGACGAAGACGACGACGAGGCGGCUGCCGCCGAUACGACCACGACCUCCCGACCCGACUCUGCCGUUGAGGUUAGCGCAACUUCACAGUCUGCCGACACCAGAUUUGUCUUCUUGGGCGACUUCGUCGAUCGUGGCUACUUCAGUCUGGAGACAUUCACUCUUCUGAUGUGCCUGAAGGCCAAAUACCCCGACAGAAUCGUUCUCGUUCGUGGCAACCACGAGUCUCGCCAGAUCACCCAGGUCUACGGUUUCUACGAGGAGUGCCAGCAGAAGUACGGCAAUGCCUCGGUCUGGAAGGCAUGCUGCCACGUCUUUGACUUCCUCGUUCUGGCUGCCAUUGUUGACGGCGAGCUUCUCUGCGUCCACGGUGGUCUCAGCCCCGAGAUCCGCACCAUUGACCAGAUUCGUGUUGUUGCUCGUGCUCAAGAAAUCCCCCACGAGGGCGCAUUUUGUGAUCUUGUGUGGUCGGACCCUGAAGACGUCGAAACCUGGGCUAUCAGCCCGCGUGGCGCCGGCUGGCUCUUUGGCGACAAGGUGGCUACUGAGUUCAACCACGUCAACGGUCUCAAGCUCAUUGCCAGAGCUCAUCAGCUUGUGAAUGAGGGCUACAAGUACCACUUCCCUCAGAACUCGGUCGUUACCGUCUGGUCUGCGCCCAACUACUGCUACCGCUGCGGUAAUGUUGCAUCUAUCAUGACUGUGGACAAGGACAUGAGUCCCAAGUUCAGCAUCUUCUCUGCAGUUCCCGAUGAUCAACGCCACGUUCCUGCCAACCGUCGCGGGCCCGGCGAUUACUUUUUGUGA